AUGACGUCACCGGGAAGAGAAGUUGUGAUAAGCGGGAUUUCCUGUCGUCUGCCGAUGUGUGAUAACAUGGAUGAACUGAAGGAAAAUUUGCUAAAUGGUGUCGAUAUGAUAAAUCAUGGGAAACAAAGGAUAAAUACUGAUAUGUUUGCUUUGCCACCCUAUGGACAAAUAAAAGAUCUGUCGAGGUUCGAUGCAAGUUUCUUUGGCAUAUCCGCUGCGCAAGCAAAUAAAAUGGAUCCUUCAUUGCGGAUACUUAUGGAAGUUACUUAUGAAGCGAUUGCAGACGCAGGUAUUGAUCCACUUGCACUACGGAAAUCCGACACAGGUGUUUAUGUUGGUACUGGUCCUUCGCAGUUUCAUUUUGCAAUGUCGGAUGACAUAGACAAAAUAUCUGGUUAUGAGAUGACAGGUUCAGAACAAUGCAUGUUGGCAAAUCGUCUUUCCAACUGGUUUGAUUUUCGAGGUCCAAGUCUUGUUAUGAACACAGCAUGCUCAUCCAGCCUCGUUGCACUUGAUAAAGCAGUAAAGGAUGUGAGACAGGGAGUAUGCAGUUCUGCCAUUGUAGCAGGUGUAAAUAUUUUAUGCCAUCCUGGAAUUAGUAAACAGCUUCAGAAACUCGGUAUGCUGUCUCCAAAUGGCCGAUGCGCGUCUUUUGAUGAAGAAGCCGACGGCUAUUGUAGAAGUGAAGGAAUUGUUGCAAUAAUUAUACAAAGAAAAGAGAUGACAAGAAGGAUUUAUUGUGAAAUCGUUCACUCAAAGGUCAACAACAAUGGAUCUUCUUCCAAUGAAAGACAUACUAGUAAUUGUAACCAAGGUGAAUAUUAUAAAAAUUGUUACAGGCAUAAUAUCAACAUCGAAAGAAGCACAGUGCAAACUUCUUCAAGAGCUUUAUUAAGAAGCCGGGUGAACCCAAACGAUAUGUACUAUAUCGAGGCACAUGCCACUGGUACCCAAUCUGGUGAAAAGUUUGAGGCGGAAUCGAUUGCUGAAAUAUUUUGUACACAAAAAAGUGGUCCCCUUAAAAUUGGAUCGGUAAAAUCGAAUCUCGGACAUACUGAAAAUGCAUCAGGCUUGGUGUCAUUAGCAAAAGUGAUUGUAGCAAUGGAGACAAAAAUCAUACCGAAAAUCUUACACUUCUCUGUGCCAAACAGCAGCUUAUCCGAACUCUGUAAUGGGCAGCUGGAAGCCGUUCAGGAAAAUCUACACUUUAAAGGAGAUUACAUUGGCAUUAACAACUUCGGGUUCGGAGGAACAAACGCACAUGUACUUCUCAAAACUCACUGUAUCGCUACACCAUGUACGUUAGAAAUCUCGAGGGCUAAACUUGUAUUAUAUUCCUCAAGAGAACCAAGUUCAGUGGAAGAAACAAUAGAAAAAAUAGCAAAAUAUGACCAAUAUUUUCACUUACUGUUGAGGAAUGCAAAUCUUAUGACAGGGAUGGCAAAAGUUAAAGCAUAUUCAACAGCGGAUGAGACAUCAUGGAAAACAAUGGACAACCAUAACUCGGAGCAGCAAGUGUGGUACGUGUUUUCUGGAAUGGGAGCUCAAUGGCAUGGUAUGGGUAAAACAAUGAUGGAAGUCGUUGCUUUCCGCAAAUCAAUUCUGAAGUCAAACAUGGCCCUUCAAGAAUUUGAUAUUGACCUUGAGGAAAUCAUAGAGAUGGGCACAUGUACUGAUUACAUAGUGGACAUUCCUGUUAUGAUUACAGCUAUACAGAUUGCUUUGUAUGAUAUUUUGUGGGAUAUUGGGAUAAAACCGGAUGGUAUAAUUGGACAUUCAGUGGGAGAACUGGCCUGUGCCUAUGCAGAUGGCUGUUUAACUCGUGAGGAAACACUUUAUAUUGCGUAUAAACGGGCUUUUUGCAUUCAGAACGCUGAUUUGCCACAUGGGGCUAUGGCUGCUAUAGGUUUGUCAUUAGAGCAAGCAGAGUCAGUGAUGCCAAAGGAAGUGACGGUUGCAUGUCACAAUGCACAGGAUUCUGUAACAAUAUCCGGUAGGACAUGUGCUAUAGACCAAAUCAUAAAGGAUCUUAAUGCAAAAGGUGUAUUUGCAAAACAUGUAAAUACUAACGGCAUAGCUUUUCAUUCAAAUGAUCUACAUGUGGUUGAAGAGCCAUUUAGAGUGGCGAUUAAACAAGUUCUAAAGUCUCCGAGAAUUAGAAGCAAAAAAUGGAUAAGCACAGUUAUACCAAACUGCAUGACGGAGUGUGAGGUAUCCAGAUAUCUUACGGCUGACUAUCUUACGAAGACUCUGACAAGUCCAGUCCUGUUUUAUGAGGCAACACGGCAAAUUCCAAAUGGGGCAAUCGUAAUAGAAAUUGCACCACAUUGUUUACUACAACCACUGUUAAGACGAUCUCUGCCAACGGAUUGCUAUAUUUCAGGUCUCAUGAAACGCGAUCAUGAAAACAUGUCAUACUUCAUGUCAAGUCUUGGAAAAUUAUUUGAAAGAGGACUUUGUUUUGAUUCAAGCCGUAUAGAAGACCAAAUAUCAUUUCCAGUCCCAACUGGCACGCCGAUGUUAUCGCCUGUGGUGAAAUGGGAUCACACUCAAACAUGGGAUAUUCCGUCAUCGGAUGUAUGCAUUGGUAUUAAGUCAAAGCGAUGUUUUACAUAUACUAUAGAUAUAUCUGAGGGAGGUGAAUACUCACAUCUUCGAGAUCACACAAUUAACGGACGAGUUCUCUUUCCUGCCUCUGGGUACAUUUAUCUCACUUGGAAGACAUUUGCCACAUUGUUAGGGAAAAGUUAUGAAUCUCAGGCCAUAAAAUUUAUGGACGUCGAAUUUCAUCAAGCAAUCAUAUUAAGAGAAGGCGACAACGAUAUACGGGAUACUUCAUUGGAAAUAGAUAUAUUAAAAAGUAGUGGGCGUUUUGAAGUUUCUGAAGGUGGUUCAUUGGUUGCUAGUGGAUACGUGAGUCAGCCUGAAACGCAUGAAUCUAGUCUCUUUGGAUCAACAAAAGAUCUUGACUCCGAAAAAGAGUGUAUAAAUUUGGAGCUAGAAAAGGAAGAUGUGUAUAAGGAAUUGUGUGUCCGAGGUUAUGAAUAUGGGAAGAGUUUUCAGUGCAUAGAAUCAUCAGAUUUAAACGGACAUAAUGGAACGCUGCGAUGGUCUGAUCGUUGGGAAAUAUUCUUAGACGCUAUGCUACAAUACCCAAUACUUAGCAAACUGAAAAGAGGCUUAUACCUUCCAUGGAAACUAGGGGAAUGCUUGAUACUACCGAAUAUGACGAAUGUGAAAGCAAACUGCACUGAUAUACCAGUACAGUUCAUACCAUCUACAGACACCUGCGAAUGUCAAUGGGCUGCCAUGCGAGGCCUGAAUUACUUGCCAGUUACUUAUCAAAACGAAGUUCUUCCUCCAUUACUUGAGUCAUACAAAUUCAUAAGGUACACUUUUAACAGUUAUUUUAAUGAAGAAGAGAGUAUUCAAGGAAAUCAAAGAAAAAUGUUUGAACCCAGUAUGAAUAGAGCAGUUGAAAAUGAAGGUAUAGAGAUGCGAGGCGGCAUGACAGAUAUGAAGGAGGAUGACCUGAAAUUUUGUUCAGAAAUUGUCCUAGAAAAUAGUCCAAAGGCCUUGAAUAUCUUAGCUAUUGACAACAAAGACAAGAUUCCGAGUGUCCACACAUGCCUUUCACGAUAUCCAGAUUACAUGGUUAAAUAUUACAAUUUAAAGGACAACUUAUUACAGAAAUAUAACAUAGUACACGACGAAAACAAUAAAUAUAGUCUCACAUUCGAAGAUUCAUUUACAUAUUCGGAAAUUUUCAAUGAAUCGAACAACUCUUUUCAAUUUGUUUUGUGUCAAGACGUGGGUUAUUCAGAACAAACUAGAACAUACAUUCACAAACAUCUUUCUGAAGGUGGAUUUGUUUUAUUCGAAUCUGUUGAGCCCGAUGUAAAAGAAGCUUUACGGAAGUUUGAAAAAGUUUUCAAAGUUGGUGAUAGUUUUAUUAUCAUAUACGAUUUCAAAACUGCAAGUAAAACAACUGUUUUAUGUAGAAAGACGCAUUUAUAUGACGGUUCGGAGGACAAAAUAAUUCAAACAUCUCUUUGCAAUUUUAAUUGGGUCAGUGAGGUCAAGAAGUCGAUCGUAGGCUCACAACAAAACGCGUCUGAUCAAACGUUAUGGUUGGUUUCUGAUGAGAAGAACAGUGGAUUGGUAGGAUUUGUUAAGUGUCUGAAAAGUGAAAAUGGCCAACACAAAAUCAGGUAA